AUGUCAUACUUGAUUGUAAAAUUUAUUUUAUUAAUUGAAUAUCCAGUCACUAACCUAUUUGAUCAGGGUGUUGCCGACGUAAAUCAAAAACUACAGCUAACUGAGUUAGAUGGAAUGGUACUCUAUGCUAGAAGAUUUGAUGCAUGUAGAGAGUUAGAUCCAACUGUUUGCUGUUUUAAAGGAAAUGUAAAACUUAGUGUAUCAUACGAUCAAACAUCAAUAAAGUACUUUAAAUUCACUGGUGAAUAAGUAGGAGAUAAAUGUGAUGGAACUUUAAUAGUUUUUCCUACAAAAUAUAGUUCAACUUAAAAAUCAGUAUAAAGUGGUGGCUUUUCAGUAACUGAUAUCAAAGGAAUUUUUUCUUAUAGUUUUCUUACUAGCUACAGAGAAUAUACUGAAAAUAACUAAAAUAAAGCAGAAUUUGAAUUAAAUACAAAAACAUAAGGUAAAUAAUACUACAUAGAUUAAUACUUUAUGUAUAACAAAGUACUUAGUAAUAUUUAACCAGAUCCAACUUAAAAUCCUGAAAGUCCAAAAAAUUAGACUUCUUCAUCAAAUAUUUUAAUUAUAGCAUACAAUUAUAUGAAAUUAUUAACAAUCACUUUAUUAUUUGUAUUUUUAUUUUGA